AUGGCGCCGAUCCACGGUCUCUUGCGGCCCUGGCAAAAAGACGAGAAAGCCCAGGAGCAAACUAGAGUGUCAAGCGACUACAGCCCGCUCUAUUCGUACCGCCUGUUACGGGGGGAGAAUAAACACUAUGUGCAGCAAUAUGGCGACAUGUAUUUCUUACGACUUGCGAAGCUCAAGCCUGCUGUCGAAGCGAUUGCCGCCGAAGAUUGGGAUGAUUUUGAGAUCGCAGGCGAAAGAGCCCAGAGGGUGGAAAGAGUGCUGGAUGUUCGUCAGGGUCAAUUAUGUUGGGUUGUGGGCACAAUAUACAUGGAUCUCCCAUUGAAGCCCAACAUCCUAGAAGACAUCUCGAAAGAUCGUUGGGUUGCCGGGCCAGCAUCACAGCAUCCUUACUACUCUGAGAACGGAGACACCCAGGUGAUGCUUGAAGACGAAUCUGGUCGUCUGCGCUUGACAGGGGCAAUGUUGAAGAACAACGUGUUGGUCACAGGUGUCAUCGUGGCGGUGCUGGGCACAGAAAACGCCAAUGGAGACUUCGAGGUGUUAGAUCUUCACGUUCCAGAACUGCCGUCGCAGCCGAAGAGAUGGGAGGGAGACGAAGAGGAGGAGGUGAAAAUGGACCUGGAUCGGCCGGGAAACAAGAUUGCUAUUUUGAGCGGCUUGAAUAUUUCGGGUACAGAGGCAGACACCUUGACGCUGUCCUUGCUCAGUGAAUUCUUGCUGGGGGAAGCCUUGGAUACGGAAGACAGACAGGAGGCUAGCACGAUAUCGCGCUUGAUCAUUGCUGGAAACUCCGUCGUCUCCGAUUUUGCGCUUCACCAGCCACUGUCCGACGACCCAAAAAAGCUCGGGAACAGAAAAUACGGCUAUGAUGCGGCCGCGUACAAUCCUUCACCACCUGCCCAGCUGGACCAGUUUCUUGCCGAGCUCCUCCCAAGCAUACCCAUAACACUUCUACCAGGUGACCAGGACCCGGCAAACGUCAGUUUACCGCAACAACCUAUUCACCCCGCUAUGUUGCCGCACUCACGAGCAUAUACCACCGCCAACGUCAGCGACCCAGAGGCCGACCAACCUGGAUGGCUAGACAGCGUCACGAAUCCUUGGGAUGGCGACAUUGAGGGGUGGCGAUUCAUGGGAAACAGUGGUCAACCCGUGGAUGACAUUCUCAAAUAUGUCGAGUACGGUGGUCCUGACGGCAAAGGCGCUGAUGGCAGGCUGGAGGUCAUGGCUAGUAUGCUGAGAUGGCGGUGCGGUGCCCCUACAGCACCAGAUACCCUGUGGUGUUAUCCGUUCCAAGAUCGAGACCAGUUUGUCAUCGAACAAUGCCCGCAUGUAUUCUUUGUGGGCAAUCAACCGCGAUUCGACACUACAGUGAUAGACGGACCCCGGGACCAACAAGUUCGCCUGAUCACAAUUCCUAAAUUUCACGAAACCGGCGAGCUUGUUCUCGUGGAUGCCAAAACUCUGGAAGUCGAGGUGGUCAAGUUCGAUAUUCACGACGCAGCCUCACAAUUGAAUGGUCAUGGAUCAUGA